AUGCCUAUUCGAGCAUAUUGUAUAAUUUGUUGUGAUUUCUUCGAUCACGUCAAAGAUGUUGCAGCUAUCCCCUGUGGACACACUUUUCACAAUGACUGCCUUACUCGCUGGUUUCAAACAGGUCCUACAAAAACAUGCCCACAAUGUCGGCAGCAGGUUAGCACCCGGCACAUUAUCACCAAGCUCUUCUUUGACAUGGGUGGAGAGGAACCGCAAUCAGCAGACCCGGAAAGCAUGGCGAAUGAGCUUAAUAAAUUGAGGGCCCUUUUGAACUCUAAAGAGAAAGAUUGUCGAAGCAAACAGAGAACAGUGGAUGAGUUGAAGGACUCUUUGGACAUGCAGAGGAAAGAAUUGGACAGUAAGAAGAAAGAGGUUUCAGAGAAGGACAUGCUGUGUUCUGCUCUCAGAAAACAAAUGACUUAUCUGGAGACUCGGCAUGAUGAUGUUCAAGCUGCCAAGGACGAGGCCCGUAGACUGAGGACAAAAGUGAAAACCUUUGAAAACCUGGAUGUUUUGUUACAGGGCCAAAGAGCAGAAGUGGAGUCCAUGAUUACAGACAUGGGUGUCAGUCCAGCUGCUGUAGAGCAGCUCUCAAUCUACUGUAUCUCUCUCAAAAAAGAGUACGAUACCUUAAAGGGAAGCUUGAAGUCUUCUAACGACGUGUCUGAACGACUUCGGAGAGAACUGCUCAGCGCCAACAACAAGUUGCAAAAAGCCUCUGCCGAAGCGAGUCAAACAAAAGAGGACAUGAAGUCUCUGCAAAAUGAUCUAGCCAAUGCUGACAAAGAGAUAUCUAGUUUGAAGAAGAAGGUUGAGUUUCUUCAAAAAUCUCUGAGCACUCCAACCAGGACAAAUGAGGUGCUCAAUCGGAUCAUUUUUGAGAGCCCUGCUCCAGUGGUGCUCAAACCCCACCUCCACCAGCCUGUUGAUGGUGAUGAAGUUGACCUCAAUUUAACCUAUGAAGUAAAUACACCAGAUGCUUCAGCCAAGAGACCAGUUAAAAUCCCAACCAAGAAGAUGCGUGUUGAUGAACCAUCAUUAGUUCCCAAACACAACGACAAGGCUUCAACAUCAAGCAAGGCCCGAGUGGAAGAUUCAGCCAUGGAUCCUUUUUUAAGGAACUCGCUCCUCUUCAGAAAAAAGACUUUUGGCAGCAUGCUGGAGCCACAGCGGACGUUUGGCAAUGUGAAAAGCGGUUAUGAUGGAUUAGGAGGUCGAACAAAAUUCAUCCAACCUUCGCCAUUGGCAGAGAUUCGCCCACUCAUUAAAAUGAGAAGGAAAAAGGUGAGCAGGCCUCCAGCCACAAAGACACCGUGCAUGACGAUGGACAGCUUCCUGGAGUGA